AUGUCAACGCCGCAUCUGUCGUCCGCCAUGAACCAACCCUCGCCGACAUCAUCGUCAGGCCCGGAGGAGGCUGCCGAGAACACUGCCGACGAAGAAGAUUCCGAAGACUACUGCAAGGGCGGUUAUCACCCCGUUACGAUCGGUGAGAAGUUCAAGGACGGAAAAUACACGGUCGUUCGCAAACUCGGCUGGGGCCACUUUUCGACUGUAUGGCUUUCCAGGGACAACUCAACUGGCAAGCACGUUGCUUUAAAGGUCGUGCGAUCUGCUAGUCACUAUACCGAAACCGCUAUAGAUGAGAUCAAGCUUCUCAAGAAGAUCGUCGAGGCCAACCCGAGCCAUCCUGGUCGGAAAUACGUUGUUAGUCUGCUCGACUCAUUCGAUCACAAGGGUCCGAAUGGUGUACACGUCUGCAUGGUGUUUGAGGUGUUGGGAGAGAAUCUGUUGGGUUUGAUCAAGAAGUGGCACCACCGGGGCAUUCCACGAGACUUGGUCAUGCAGAUUGCGAAGCAGGUCUUGAUGGGUCUCGAUUACCUGCACAGAGAAUGCGGCAUCAUCCACACCGAUUUGAAGCCCGAGAACGUCCUCAUCGAGAUUGGCGACGUGGAACAGGUUGUCAAGAAGGUUGUCAAGAACGAAGGAUCCGACAAGGAAAAUCACAGGAAUGGUCGAAGGCGCAGACGGACCCUGAUUACUGGCAGUCAGCCAUUGCCUUCGCCACUGAACGCUACGUUUAAUCGUGACAAUCUGUUCCCUUCACCAAAGUCGCACACAAGCUUGAAUGCGAUGAUGCAAGACACAACGCCGGGCGCCAAGAGUCCCAGCGAAGAACAGCGAGAGAAGACUGCUGACAUUCUGACUAAAGAGGUUUCUGGCAUCUCCCUCGAUAAAUCUGGUGGAGCCUCGAGUUCCUCGUCUAGCGACAAGAAAAAGAGGAAGAGGAGAGGCCCCAUUAUCAAUGUGAAAAUUGCUGAUCUCGGUAAUGCUUGUUGGGUGUCGCACCACUUUACAAACGACAUUCAGACUCGGCAGUAUCGAUCCCCCGAGGUGAUUCUCGGCGGGAAAUGGGGUGCCAGCACUGAUGUCUGGAGCAUGGCUGCCAUGGUCUUUGAACUCAUCACUGGAGACUAUUUGUUCGAUCCUCAGUCCGGCACUAAGUAUGGCAAGGACGACGAUCACAUAGCUCAAAUUAUUGAGUUGUUAGGGCCAUUUCCCAAGGAGCUGUGGAAGAACGGACGGUGGUCGCAAGAGAUCUUCAACAAGAGGGGCGAGCUACGCAACAUACACCGUCUACGUCAUUGGGCACUCCCCGACGUGCUCCGCGAGAAAUAUCAUUUCAAGGACGGCAAGGAUUCGGCCAAAGACCGAGAGGAACGAGAGCGCAAGGCCAAGGACAAGAAGGACAGUGAUGAAGAGGAGGAAGCUAUGGAAUACCACCCUUCCGAGGUUGCAAGCUUCCUGACACCAAUGUUGGAAUUGCUCCCAGAGAAGAGGGCCAACGCCGGUGGUAUGGCCAAUCAUCCAUGGUUAGAUGAUACCCCUGGCAUGGAGGAUGUCAAACUAGAGGGCUUGGUUCCCGGUAGCCGCGGCGAAGGCAUAGAAGGCUGGGCGACAGAGGUUAAGAAGCGAUAG